GUUCAACUUGAGCCACGCGUAAACUGCUGUUGCACUGCAUCCCAUAGGUCAACGUCAACGCGUUACCUCCUCCCACCAGCGACGAGCGGAACAUCCAAGCCCGGUGCCUCCUCUUUACGACACGGAAAUGGCUUCCAUCAACUCUGUAACACGGCAAAUUGCUGCACUCGAGAUCUCCUCAAAGCCGAAUACGACGCGACCUACGACCACCAAUCACCAGAAAAAAUCCAGUCAAGACGCAAGCAAGAUUAAACUUCUAAACAAAUAUGCCGCUCCGAAUCCAUUCGUCCCUACACACACCAAGUCGUCGUCGUCGGUCAGCUCAGUUGCGACUGUGAAACAACAGGUUUCACGGCCACCCUCACCCACCAAGCCUCAACAGAAAUCGAAGCCAGCAGCACCCGCACAACCUUCGUUUGACAUCGGCAAAUAUGAUGGUGGAUUUGAGCUUGAUCAGGAGAGUAGAGGAGGGAAGGUGUAUGGUGACGCUGCGAAAGAGCUCGCGCUGGAUUCUUCGGUGUCAGGGCCACAUCCAACACGCGAAUGGCAUCUUACUGACUUUGACAUGGGUCGACCGCUCGGAAAGGGUAAAUUCGGCCGUGUUUACAUGGUUCGCACGAAGGUCGAACCUCACUUCAUUCUUGCUCUCAAAUGUCUCUACAAGAAGGAAAUCGUCGAAUCCCGGGUCGAAAAGCAAAUUCGACGUGAGAUUGAGAUUCAGCAAAACCUCCGACACCCGCAUGUCCUCCGUCUGUACGGAUACUUCCAUGAUGAACAACGUAUAUUCCUCAUGCUCGAGUUCGCCGGAAAGGGCGAGCUUUAUAAACAACUUACGAAAUACGGCCGGUUCUCGGAGAAGAGGAGUUCAAGGUAUAUUGAUCAGAUGGCAGAUGCUCUGGGUUACCUGCAUGCGAAGCACGUCAUUCAUCGGGAUAUCAAACCGGAGAACUUGUUAUUAGGCAUUAAUGGAGAGCUGAAGAUUGGAGACUUUGGGUGGAGUGUGCAUGCUCCUGGAAAUCGGCGGACAACGUUGUGUGGAACGUUGGAUUAUCUCCCACCGGAAAUGGUGGAGGGCCGUGAUCAUUCAGAGAAGGUUGACCUCUGGGCUCUUGGUGUUCUCACGUACGAGUUUAUCGUUGGUAAUCCGCCGUUUGAAGACAUGAGUGGAUAUAAUGCAACAUAUAAACGGAUUGCCAAGGUGGACUUGAGGAUACCCAAUACCGUCUCACCUGAGGCCCGCGAUGUCAUCACUAGGUUAUUGCAAUAUGACCCCGAGAAGCGUCUUGCGUUGUCCGAGGUCCGGAAACACCCUUGGAUCGUCAAGCAUCGCUCGAAAGAUUCAUUGAGCGGACUUACAUCAUACUGACUCUCCUGCGAUACCUCUUUUGUUUCUCCACAAUCUCGUGUUACGGCUUCGUGCGCCGCUCUGUAUCCAGCCCGUGUAUAUUAAUGGCUCAGGUGGUGAGCGGAUACUUGCUAGCGAGAUCUUGAGGUAGCCGAUAUCGAGCUCGUACUUCUUCAGCACCAGAUGUCAGUGAGGAGGGGUGAGGGAUAUCGAAAAGCUGAGACAAUUCUCUUCGUGACAAUUCAGAGCGUCAUGACUGGCCAUUGUUUGUGGGUGCCUGUUGGACAGCUGCACCGGUCUUCCAAGCGAUCCUAGUUACUAGGACGACCAACAGCAGGUACUUGCAAUAUUUGGCGAUUGGAAAUUCGUGUACUACUUAUUCUCAGAAAGUGAUAUAGUCAUGGCACUUCGGAACGAAGUAUGAGGGCGUCGGAACCUCGAUGUUUACUCGGAAUAAAUGUGAAAGUUAUACAGGCGGUUGGCAAGUACUCUUUGCAAUCCAUCGCAAAUACGCUUAGCGAGGUGUGUCAAAAGACAUGACGCUUGUAGAAUAGCGAAGCAUCGAACGUGCGCAUAGGAAGCGGUAGAUAUGGGAACCGUGCAAAUGGGCCAGGUACCAUGUUCCUCGUCACCCUCAUUGCCCCACUCACUGUGCCCAUUGUAUGUCUGGAAUGUUGGGGUCUCGUGUAGAAAUGACUACGCUAACUUUCGAGGGCCAACUAUUCAGUAUGGUUUUUCAUUGUUGUCCUCAACCUUCGAAGUUUGCACAUUAUAUCCAAC